UUACAGCCGCUACUAUGAGCAGGAGACCUGGGAAGGACGGCCGGAGGAGACCCAGGCUGGCUCCAGGAUGCUGACGUUAACCGCUCCUACAGUCCCCGCUUCCGGUUUUAUGAAACGCAACUUUUUAUCGCGGUAUUAUCCGAUUCUUUAAGGAGAAACAAAUAAUUAUGCCGAACUCUCCGAACGACGACAAAAUCCCCGUGGUGGGCUCCAGCCCCGGGCUGGAGGGCCGCGGGGGGGGGACCGAGACCGGCCAGUACUUCACAGACGGCCGGCGGAAGGUGGACUACGUCCUGGUGUUCAACAAACGCCGGCACGCCGCACGGACCCCCACGGAGCCCCAGGACCGCCUGUCCACCAUCUCAAACGGCAACUUCCCCCCCCCUGCUGCUCCUCCUCCUCCUGCUCCCGCUGCUCCUGCCCCCGCCGCAGGAGCAGCGGGAGGUGGAGGAGGAGGAGGGGGGGGGGACGCGGUGUGUGUGGAGCUGGGAGUGGCGGGGGCGGAGGUGGAGGACUCGGCCAGCCGGGAGGUGGAGAUGAUCCGGGAGGAGUUCGAGGCUCACCUGGUGGAGGCGGGCCUGGAGAUCGAGAGGGACGCGGACAAGGAGGUGAAGAGCCACGGGCCGGGCUUCACCCGUCUCCACGCCCCCUGGCACGUCCUCAGCCGGGAAGCGGAGUUCCUCAAGAUCAAAGUGCCCACCAAGAAGAGCUACGACCUGAAGGAGGAGAGCGGUCUGAGCGCCAGCAUGUCGGCGCUGUGGGCCCGUCUGAACCAGCCCUUCCAGCCCAAGGUGCCCCUGCAGCAGAGAGGGCGCACCAAGCUGCUGUCCCACACCUUCACCCGGGACAAGUUGCACCUGUACGACAUCAAGUCCAAAGACACGUUCUUCGACAACGCAACGAGAGGUCGCAUCGUGUACGAGAUCCUGAGACGCACGGCUUGCGCACGGACCUGCCACACCAUGGGUAUCACCACAUUGAUAGCCAAAGGCGUGUACGAGGCUGCGUUCCCCCUGCACGAUGGUGACUACAAGGUCACAGGUCACACGGAGGAGAGGAAUGACAGACAGCUGCUUCAUGAGGAGUGGGCCAGAUACUCUGCCUUCUACAAAUACCAGCCUGUGGACCUCAUCAGGAAGUACUUUGGGGAGAAGAUCGGGCUGUACUUCGCCUGGCUCGGCGUGUACACGCAGCUGCUGAUCCCCGCCUCCAUCGUGGGCAUCAUCGUGUUCGGCUACGGGGUGGCGACCAUGGACACCAACGUGCCCAGCCUGGAGAUGUGUGACGAGCACCAGAACUUCACCAUGUGCCCGCUGUGUGACGGCGCGUGCGACUUCUGGCACCUCAGCACGGCCUGCGGCACCGCCCGCGCCUCCCACCUCUUCGACAACCCCGCCACCGUCUUCUUCGCCAUCUUCAUGUCCCUCUGGGUGGCCCUGUUCCUGGAACAGUGGAAGAGGCGUCAGAUCACUUUGAACCACAGCUGGAAUCUCACCGGCAUGGAGGAGGAUGAGGAACAGCCCCGGCCGAAGUACGAGAACAUCCUCCUGGAGAAAAGGCAGAGGAAGCUGAAGAAGAAGAAGAAGAAGAAAAAGUCUGAGACAGAGCCCAGCGAGGAGGCCAGUGCGGAGGUGGUGAAGGAGAGAUGGAGACAGAAGCUGUUGUCUGUCACGAUCACGGGAAUCCCGCUGCCUAACGAUAAGUUGACGUGGAGAGACAGGCUUCCUGGCUACGUGAUCAACGUGUCCUCCAUCCUGUUCAUGUUCGGGCUGACCUUCUCGGCGGUCUUCGGGGUCAUCGUGUACCGCAUCACGGUGUCGGCGCUGAUGGCGAUGAGCCCCGACCCCGAGACCAAGUCCAACGUGCGCGUGACGGUCACGGCCACCGCCGUCAUCAUCAACCUGGUGGUCAUCCUCAUUCUGGACGAGAUCUACGGCGCCGUGGCCGUCUGGCUCACCGAGCUGGAGAUCCCUAAGACUGAGAGCAGCUUUGAGGAGCGUCUCAUCCUCAAGGCCUUCCUGCUGAAGUUCAUGAAUGCCUACGCACCCAUCUUCUAUGUAGCGUUCUUCAAGGGCCGGUUUGCAGGCCGGCCCGGAGAUUAUGUCUAUGUCUUCAACGACUAUCGGAUGGAGGAGUGUGCGCCCGGGGGCUGUCUGAUAGAGUUGUGUAUCCAGCUCAGCAUCAUCAUGCUGGGGAAGCAGCUCAUCCAGAACAACAUCUUCGAGAUCGGCAUCCCGAGGAUGAAGAAGCUGAUCCGGACGAUGAAGGACAAGGGGGCGGGGGAGGUGGCCAAGGAGGACGACAAGGCCCGCCCCCCCCAGCGCUGGAACAUCGACCACGCCCUGGCGCCCUUCGAGGGCCUCACCCCCGAGUACAUGGAGAUGAUCAUCCAGUUCGGCUUCGUGUCUCUGUUCGUGGCGUCCUUUCCUCUGGCGCCGCUCUUCGCUCUGCUGAACAACGUCAUCGAGAUCCGUCUGGACGCCAAGAAGUUCGUCACGGAGCUGCGCCGGCCGGUGGCGGUGCGCGCCAAAGACAUCGGUAUAUGGUACAACAUACUGAGUGGAAUGGGGAAGUUCUCGGUCAUCAUCAAUGCGUUCGUGAUCUCCUUCACGUCGGACUUCAUCCCGCGGCUGGUGUACCUGUAUAUGUACAGCCCCACCGGCACCAUGCACGGCUUCAUCGACCACACCCUCUCCUACUUCAACGUGUCCAACUUCAGGCAGGGCACCACGCCCACGUCGGGGCCCGCAGACGUCUCCAUCUGCAGGUAUAAGGACUACAGAGAGCCCCCCUGGUCCAUAGAGGCCUACCAGUUCUCCAAACAGUACUGGUGCGUCCUGGCAGCGAGGUUGGCCUUCGUCAUACUGUUCCAGAACCUGGUGAUGUUCCUCAGCCUGCUGGUGGCCUGGCUCAUCCCCGACGUUCCCAAGCCCAUCGUGGAGCAGCUGAAGCGGGAGAAGACGCUCCUGGUGGACGUCUUCCUCCGCGAGGAGAAGGAGAAGUACCAGCUCAUCCACAGCCUCUUCGCCACGGGGCCCCCGGGGCUGCUCCCGCUGGCCCCGCCCGGCGCCGCCCUCUCCCCCCUGCACCACCGGCCCCCCGCCGGCCCCCAGGAGCCCGGCGGCCGCUACAGCACCCUGCCCUCGACGACCCAGGCCCGGGACGCCAGCCGGGAGCCCCAGCCCCGGGCCCGAUGCAGGGCCUCCAGCUUCAGCCAGUUCGGCCGACAGACUGCCACGCCCGCCGCCGCCGCCGGGGUCACGUCCAAACACACCGCCGUGUGACGCGCACGCACACACACACACACACACACACACACACACACACACACCUGGAUGCAUCCUGGGGUUUCUGUGUGUGUGUGUGUUCAAGGUUGUGAGCGUGUGUGUCAGGGUGCGAAUGGGUCUCUGUGUGCAUGUGUGGUGUGCGCGCAUCUUUUAUCGUGAUUAAUGUCCAACAUGAAUGUGUGUGUGUGUGUGUGUGUGUGUGUAUUUUGAGUGUGUAUGCAUUUAUAUGUAUGGCGGAUGUGUGUGCGCGUGUGUGUGAAUGGGUGUUUGAAUUGUGUUGGUGUAUUUAUAUGUACGGGGUUAGUGUGUGUGUGUGUGUGUGUGUGUGUGUGUGUGUGUGUGUGUGUAUGAAAGUAGGAUUUAGGCAUGAGUGAAUGCACCUUGUUAGGACAAACAUUAUAAGCUAUAAGAGUCAACCUCCCACUGAGAGAGAGAGAGAGCAAGAGAGAGAGA